UUUCCUAUACAAUAAUUCAGGCACUAAAAUGAUGGAAUUGAAAGUUGGGGAACCAAAUUGAUAAUCGAUAAAUACUUCGGGGGCAUCGGUGGAGAAAAAGGAACAAUUUUUUAUCAAGUAAAUACAAAACCUUCACUCUCAGAGGAGACCCAAAACCAGAGAGAAAAAAAUGCAGAUUUUCGUGAAAACCCUAACCGGAAAGACCAUCACUUUGGAGGUCGAGAGCAGCGACACCGUCGACAAUGUCAAAGCCAAGAUCCAGGAUAAAGAAGGCAUCCCUCCUGAUCAGCAGAGAUUGAUUUUUGCUGGUAAGCAAUUGGAAGAUGGCCGAACUCUUGCAGAUUAUAACAUCCAAAAGGAGUCAACACUUCACCUGGUUUUGAGGCUGAGGGGAGGAACUAUGAUUAAGGUGAAGACUCUGACUGGAAAAGAAAUUGAGAUCGAUAUUGAACCAACUGAUACCAUUGACCGGAUCAAGGAAAGGGUUGAGGAGAAAGAGGGAAUUCCCCCUGUGCAACAAAGGCUUAUUUAUGCUGGCAAGCAGCUUGGAGAUGACAGAACAGCUAAAGACUACAACAUUGAGGGUGGCUCUGUGCUUCACCUGGUGCUUGCACUUAGGGGUGGCAGUCAUUAACAGAAGGCACAAAAGGCCCUAUGGUUUCGAAUCGGAGGUCCUAAAAAUUUAUGUGUCAAAAAUGAAGCCAAACCUUUUGAAGCCUUCAAACAGUCAAUUUCAUGUUCCAUUUGUAAAAAAUAAGCAUUUUUCAUCAAUGUGUUUGCGCCUCUA